UUUUCCCAGUGUGGGGCAGCUCAGGUUCUUCCUGCGUGCAGACGUCAGACGCAGCUCUAUAAAGUGCAGCUUCACGUCUUCAGGACUCUACUUGACGAUGGCUCAACGCCCCUCUCUGCACGUGUCUGUUGGCAUACUGGGCAUCUCUGGUGGUUCUCUCCUGCUUUUGGUGAACAACUACACCAGCUCAUCUAAAACAGACUUCAUCCCCUAUACUGCUCUGGGGAUUCUGCUCCUCGUCAUUGCAGUCCUCUUAGCCUAUGCAGCGAUCCGUCGCAGUCUGUCCCACGCACAGCUGUUUUCCUCUGUGUGUCUGACUGUCUCUGCUCUGUGGUGUGGUUCAGGUCUGGUGUACAUCUUGGCUGGGCAGGGGGUGCUGCACCCCUCAGAGCUGAGAUACUCUCUGGUCCCAGGACUGGCAGCAUUUACCUUAGCCCUGCUCAUCAUAGGCGGCGUAGCAGUCGUAGUAAAGAAAGUGGUUCUAGUUCUCAUUGCUGUCGGUAUUGGCUUAGCAUGUGCGCAUCAAAUCGCCGGUUUGUCAGCGGCAGGUUUUGGUCAAUCUGCCACAGCCGCUAACUACCUUCUUGUCUUUCUGGUUUGUGUUUACUUUGGGUUUGGACGUCUGCUGUCCACCAUCACUGAUGGUAAAGUGGAGCCUCCGGCAACAGGCCUGAAGAAAAAAUCUGAGCUGAAAACAGAGCAGAACCAGGGGUGUAGUGAUGCAGUGUCAGUAGGUCUGGUGAUGAACUUGCUGUCCGCCUCUGUGUUAGCCUGUCCUCUGUUAGGAGUGGUGCCCAAGCUCUUCAUCGGUCAUGUCCCUUGGCUGUGGACAGCUGGAGUCUUCCAGCUUGGCAUGUGUGUCCUCUUCUUCCGAGGCAUGGACACACUAGCUGCCACAUUUUACGCCUUCACUGCUCUGCUGAAAUUUGCAGAGGGCUACAGCGCUCUUCUAUCAUUCUACUCAAUUGAGCCUUUCUCUCCUGUUCCCUUCCCCGCUGUCUUCUCUGUGCUUUUCUCCAUCCUGGCUCUGUUCAGCUGUCAGAAGAGCUUGCUGGAGGGGCUCUACCAGUUAUUCUUUGCAGCUUAUUGUAUCGCCAUUGCAGCCCAGCCUCAAGGCUUCUUCCAAGGAGGUACGCAGGGUGUACAGGGAGCUAUAUUUGUAUUCUCUGCCUACAUGCUUUUAAUUAUCACAUUCAAUAUGGUCUCCACUACAAUGAUUCCAACAGGGCAGGGCUGUUUCAAGGCUUUAGUAGCCAGGAUGCCGGGCCUUACUCUCAGAGUCCAUGAUAAAGAGCUCCAUGCACCUUACCUGGGCUACUCCAAGUACGCUGAUGCAGAGGUGUUAGGCCACGCCUGCAGUGUGCUGGCUGCUUUUGCCAUGUCAGAUACAGUUGGUGACCGAAAUCCUCUGUCUGUGCUAAUUCUUCCUUGGGUGGUGGUGGCCGGAGGUGUACUCCAGCUGUUCUGCGGCUCAGUAGCUUUUGCUCGAGGUAAAACCUUUGAGAGCACAGUUUUUUAUUUGUACGGGGUGAUGUGGGCAGUGUGGGGGUUGACACGAUACGGCGGACUAUACGGCGAAACCAGAAGCUUUCAGGUGGCUGUCGGGAUUAUUAGCUUCAUGCUGUUUAACUGUUUAGUGACAGCUGCAGCGCUGUUGCUAAAUGUCGCCUGGUUUGUUUACGCCCUCACCUUCCAGCUCAUCCUUAUUAGCUUCCUGCUGGAUGCAGUAGGUGCACUGCCUUAUGGUUAUGACAUAGGAGUCACCAUCAUCUUUGGUCUGGUCAGUUUUUAUUGUUUCCUGGCACACAUUUUCAACAGCACCUUCCAGUCCCCCCAGAUCCCCUUAGGUAAAUCUUUAGUGAAGCUGAGCGGGGUUGGAGGAGGCGCAGAUGUUUGUCCGCAUGUAUCAGCCCGCAAGGCCACAUCUGUCCUGCAGAUUGCAGAAAUCAUGAAAAAUGGUGGCAUAUGUGGAAUGCCUACUGACACCGUCUAUGUGCUGGUGGCAGCCUGCAACAGGCCCGACGCAGUCAUCAAAGCUUAUAAGGUGAAGAAGCAGGCGGAGGACCGACCCAUGUCUCUGUGGAUCUCCUCCAUCAAGCAGCUGGAGCCGGUGCGACACCUGCUGAGCCCUCUGCUGCUGGACUUCAUGGAGGCUGCAUGGCCCUCCUCAAUUAGCAUGGUCAUACCCAAAGGCCCGUGGAUGGACAUUUUUGGUUUAGGAGAUGCUGCCAAACACAUAGGGACUCCACAAAGCAUUGCAAUCAGAAACCCAGACUGCUCUGUGGCCACACACCUCAUUAAUCUGGUUGGGCCCAUCGCUGUAACCUCAGCCAACCCUACAGGCGAGGCAGACACAACUCACCACAACCAAGUUUACGCCAAGCUGGGCAAAAAGGUGGAUGGAGUGUUAUGUGACGGACCCUCCCCAGAGAACAUUGCAUCUACUGUGGUUGACUGUACUAAGAUUGAAACAGGGCACAUUGGUUUUUUCAGAGUGGGUCUCAUUCCUAAAUCUAAGGUUCUUCAGAUCUUCGAGGAGGUUCAGAUGCGGUGCAGACAUGGGCAGACAAAUCCAGCUUUUGAAUAUGAUCUACAUCUGUCAGAUACACUAACGGACAAAAGUUCAGGAAAGGAAGACAAAGCCGAGUCAAACUCAACACCAUCCACAGUUUCACCUGAACAAAGUCUAGUCCUCAGAAAAGGGUCAUAGUGUCAAUACACUGCUUAAAAAUGCUGCCAAAUGGAAAGUAAAUUCAGACUUCUGUUAAUGGAAAAAAUCCACGCAUGGAUGGAAAUGUAAUAGUGGUCAUGCUGUGUGUAUUAUGCUUGUCUGUUCAUCUGAAUGUUGCAUAUUGGGGGGGAAACUUUUACAAUGCUACAUUACACAGACUAAUGUCACUUAUGUCCUUUUACUCACUGGGUAAUUUUAAUUUGUGUUUUGUACUGUAUGUAAUAUUUAACAUUUAAAUUGUCUUUUUCUGGAAUUUGUAGCAUUUCAAAUACUUGAAUGUACUGUAUAUAAUUUUUA